GGUUGCGGGGCAGCGGGGUGCGGGGCAGCGGGCGCGGCUCCUGCGCGGCGGGGCAGGCUCGGCGGAGGCCGGCUCCGGCCUCGGGGCGCUCUGGCCCGGCCCCGGCGGCCCCUGCCCGCCCGCACCAUGCCGCGGCGGCACGGCUGCUUGCCGCCCCUCCUCUGCACUUUGGCCGCCCUCAGCCUGCCGCUGCUGCUGGCCGCCGAGCCCCGCGCCAAAAGUUGCUCCGAAGUGCGGAGGCUCUACGCCGCCAAGGGCUUCAGCCAGAGCGACGCGCCCAGCCACGAGAUCAGCGGUGACCAUUUGAAGGUCUGCUCCCAAGGCUACACAUGCUGCUCACAAGAAAUGGAGGAGAAGUACAGUCAGCAAAGUAAACACGACUUCAGAAAUGCUGUUGUGGAGCUUAGCAAUCACUUACAAACUAUGUUUAGUUCCCGUUACAAGAAGUUUGACGAGUUCUUCAAAGAACUUCUUGAGAACGCCGAGAAGUCGCUGAACGACAUGUUCGUGCGGACUUAUGGCCGUUUGUACAUGCAGAACUCAGAGCUGUUCAAGGACCUCUUCGUGGAGCUGAAGCGGUACUAUGUGGGUGGCAACGUCAACCUGGAGGAGAUGCUCAAUGAGUUCUGGGCCCGCUUGCUGGAGCGCAUGUUCCGCCUGGUCAACCCCCAGUACCACUUCACGGACGAGUACCUGGAGUGUGUCAGCAAGUACACGGAGCAGCUGAAGCCCUUUGGGGACGUGCCACGCAAGCUGAAGCUGCAGGUGACGCGGGCGUUCGUGGCCGCCCGCACCUUUGCGCAGAGCCUCGCUGUCGCGAGGGACGUCGUGAGCAAAGUCUCUGCCGUGAGCCCCACACCACAGGGUACACGAGCGCUGCUGAAAAUGAUGUACUGCCCAUACUGCCGAGGUCUGGUGUCAGUGAAGCCCUGUUACAACUACUGCUUUAAUGUCAUGAGAGGCUGCUUGGCCAACCAAGGGGACUUGGACGCCGAGUGGAAUACCUUUAUGGAUUCGAUGCUGCUGGUUGCGGAGAGGCUGGAGGGUCCCUUCAACAUCGAGUCAGUCAUGGACCCCAUUGAUGUGAAAAUUUCAGAUGCAAUCAUGAACAUGCAGGAGAACAGCAUGCAGGUGUCUCAGAAGGUUUUCCAGGGCUGUGGCCAGCCAAAAACCCUUGCCCAGGGCCGGAGCGCUCGCUCCCUCUCCGAGAGCGGCUUCAGCUCCCGCUUCAGACCCUACAACCCAGAGGAGCGACCCACCACGGCUGCUGGCACCAGUUUGGACAGACUGGUUACGGAUGUGAAAGAGAAGCUGAAGCAAGCCAAAAAAUUUUGGUCAUCUCUCCCUGGCAACAUCUGCAACGAUGAAAAGAUGUCUGUAGGCACUGUCAAUGAGAACGAGUGCUGGAACGGGAGUGCCAAGAGCAGGUACGACUUUGCAGUGACUGGGAAUGGCUUAGCAAGUCAAGUGAAUAACCCAGAGGUAGAAGUUGAUAUUACCAAGCCAGACAUGGUGAUUCGCCGGCAAAUCAUGGCUCUGCGGGUGAUGACCAACAAGCUGAAGAAUGCCUACAGUGGGAACGAUGUCGACUUCAUUGACAUAAGUGAGGAGAGCAGCGGGGAGGAGAGCGGCAGCGGCUGCGAGCUCCAGCAGUGCUCCCCGGAGUUCGAGUUCAACGCCACCGAGGUCGCCGGGAACUCCAACAAGAGCAAUAAGAACGUGAACACUUCUGCUGCCCCCAGGAGCAGCUCCUCACAAGCAGCCUUGCUCCUUAGCAUUUUCUUCUUGGCCGUGCAAAGACAAUGGAGAUAAUUGUGCAGCGUAGGGGUGGGGGGGGUCGGGGGGGAGGAAAAAAAAGACUUUUAUUAUCAAAGUUAGAAGGCACCUGCUUUCACUUUUAUACCAUCUAGGGACUUUGCUUUUUAAGUUAAUGGACAACAGUGUACAGUUUUUACUUUGUUGCCACUGGUUUUAAAAUACUGAUUUUUUUUUUUUUCCCCUUGCUAUUCUGGGAAUAACAGGAACAGGGACUACCAGUCUACCCCGUUCACCAAGAGUCUGUGUUAGAAGUGGAUAACAAAAAUGUAUAUACAAGCCUGUAGUUAGCUCUGCAUUUGUGUCUUUAUCACUUUUUUUUAAAUUUUAUUUUAUUUUACCAUAUUUCUUAUGAAAGCAAAAAAAAAAACAAACAACAAACCAGCACCCAGGGUCCUCUCUUGGCCUGUCACAAGUAUGUGUUUCUGAAAUGGGAAAUAUCUGUACAGAGGCAGGUUUUAUUUAUCAUGUUAUCUUACAGGGAAAAAAACAAUCUCCCAACGAGCAGAAAACGUUUUCCCAUGUUCCCGUUAAACGUUCCCAUUUAUCCACAUUAUGUUAGUUGCCUUAUCUGGAAAGAAGUGGAAGUGAUUUGUCUUUAUUAAGCAGUAAAAGAAGAGGUGAAAAUGGAGCUGGUCAGCGUGCCAAGCGCCCCAUUUGCAUAGGGUGGUAAUGCCAGGAGCAGGUUGUACUUUCUUUGCAGGAGGUUUGGUUAAAAUUGGAAGAGGCUACAGAGAAUUCCAGGUCUGCAGAUGCUGAGAAGAGUUGUUUGUUUCCUGGGAUCCUUGCAAUUAGCUGUAACUCCUGUAGGUCAGUUCCCAACGUGCGUCCCCCCUGGGAACAAGGCAUUAAACUUGUUCAGUUGGAAGCGACUUGUGUCACGGAUCCAAAUGCCAACACGUGUCUUGUCUGCAAGUUUGUGAGAUGAAUGCUGGAUUAAUUUUUCAACCUUUUGUUUUCUUUUUCAGGAAUGCUUUGUGGGAAGGGAGGUGGGGAGGUGUCAGGUUUGCUUUUGCAGAAGUCUUGUUUCCUCUCCGAUGGGGCAGAAGGGAGGGAGCAGUGGGCAGAGCCCCACAGCACAGUUGCAGGCAGGAGUUGGCAAGGCUGAAGACACCUCCCUUUUGGAAUAUUUGUCCCCAGGGAGCUGGUGCCCAGCAGCUGUAGUCUUUUGGCACUACCCAAGACACUCUCUCUACCUGUGCUUUGCAGUUGGAGCAGCAGGGUGGUGAACGGCAACUCCUCAAUAAAAGAAAUGUAUAUUUUUAAGAAAAGAGAUGAAAUAAUUUUUAAAAGAGUUUAGGGAAAACAAAGUCUUUAGAAAGACUCAAAAUUAUUCUGCAUGUCUCCUCCUGCUUUAGGUAGCCUUUAGGUCCAGCUGGAUGCUGGGAUCCAGCCAGGAGAGCAAUCCAGAGAGAGAGGGUUUGCUAUAUUCCACCCUUGUGUUGUAAGGAUAAUUUUCUAUUUUUAUAUUGAAGCAUUAAUUACUUGUUAGCUCAGGGUCAGCGUUAUAUUCAACUUUAUUUUCACACCAAAUCUCUGCAAAGCUCUAAAGGCAGGGUAUUCUUGGCUGGUAUAAACAAUCCUGGAGGCUUAAUUUUACUAGAAGUAGCCAGUUAUUUAUUAAAACAUGAUGUUAGUAGAGUAGGGAUAUUCCGGCUAGAUUAUUUUUCUGUAGAAAAUAAAUCAUGGAAGCAGAAAAUUGAAAAAAAGUUAUAAAUUUAUGUGUGGGAAAAAAUGGAUUGUAAAUAGCUAAGUUGCCUUGCGAGGAAUUGGAAAAUGUGCUGAUACUUAGAAACUACCUCAGUUCUGAGGAAUUUCCUUUCUAGCUUUGAGUGCUAUUACAUUUACUUGGUAGAAGUGAAUCUGGUCUCCAAUAUGUAGCUGAAAGAGCUAUCCCUAUAGACCUUGUUAGAUUGUUUUUAAUUUAGAGGCUUGAACUACAUCCAGCUGUUUUCUUUCAGCUAAGUUCCCUAACAAAGAGAAUUUCUGAAUUAAAUAUCGCUGAUGGUUUCCAUGACUUCUCCUGAUGUGUUUGGUUCCAUGGCAUUUUCUGAUUGCCCUUUUAAUUAUUUAAACGGUUCUGGCCGUUUGGAUUUUCAUCCCGAAAUAAACAAACCUUAGAUGCACCACUAUUGUAAAUACAUCACAGUAAGGUCUGACUGGAUAACCCUUCUGGCCUCUACCCAGCUGGCAGGCCAGCAAAGUUAAGUGAAGAAAAAAAGACAAUAAAAAAUAAAAAGUUAAACUCC